GUAAAAUUGACCUGGUGCUCGUCUCUUGCUUUGAUUUACAAAAAAGUGCGGACCUCCUUCUUCUAGUACUUACUCGUGCACUUACUCAUACCCUCACUAGUUUGUCGAGGACUUCUCAAACACAAGAUGUUGUGGCGCAAUCCGAUUCUCCUUGCCUUCUCGGCACAAAUAUUGAGAACCACGAUCGCCUUCUCUGCAACCACACAACACAACCACGGAAGUGCACCUAAGCAAGCAGUAAUUGAUGCGGCAGCAAAUGCGAAGCUCGAAGAAUUCGAAAAGGAGGCAGUCACACACGAAAGCGCCCUACUAGAGGUAGAGAAAGAUCUAGAUCAUGAUGUGGGGGCUCUUGUUCAAUCAGCUGGAGGAGGAGCGUCAACAACAAAAUCAGAGCUGUCUUCAAAUAAGUAUAAGAUCUCUUACUUUCCAACCCGCACGGAUCACGAUGUCAGCGAACUGCUGGGUUUGCCACCACCACUCAGUCUAGAUCAGAUUGGGUCUUUGGAUGCAGGUAAAAUUUUGGACGAGGAGAGCCCUGUGAAGACGGGCGCCCAUACCAGUGAGUUCUCAGCGUCGGUGCAACAACAAUAUGAUUGAGAAACUUCGCCCCAAUGCCUGACAAGCGAAGUUUUGGCGCGACAGCUGUUACUACGAAGAGCGUCGCCGCGGCUAACGAGUAUCGUCGGCCGCUGCGAGGACCAUCGUCGAGGCUUGGGAUUUCACAGCAAGCCGGCUGCCUCAGUUCGCGACAACCCCACACCAGCCUCAGGGACAGCCCCAUAGAGCCACACACCCUCACGCCUAUGCUCGGCGUGUUGCCUGGCUCUUGGUGCGACUGACGCUGGCAGACCGGUUCCACGGGUCCCCCCACCUGGUGGCCACCAGCAUGACCCACCCACAGAGGGCGCGCGUGAGUUGUACAGGUGUGACAGUGACCCUGACAAGCCACCGCCGGCGAAAGCCGUCGCAGCCCGGUGUGGCGCAUGACAGGCCACCUGACCACGACCAUGACGGUGGGCCCGAGCUGCCACCUGGAUUUGGCUUGACCAGUCGGCUCGCUGUCUCACCACGUGCCCACAUGCGGCGCCAUGGCUUGAGGACUGCGUGACCCCUACACACAGGCCCCGCGCACGUCAGCAUUGCCCACGUGGUGACUUUGGGGCGACUUCCACAAAGUAGCCCCAGGUGCUGGGGGAGCCGCCUGCGUCCACCUUAUUAACUGUGGCGCUUUCUUGUUUUCUGCCAUUCGCCCCGCCUUCACUGGGCAGGUGAGGGUCAGGGGUUGAGCAGCGCAGACACCCCCGGCGAGGGAUCUCGCCAAAACUUCCUCUGUCAUGGCUUGGUGCGAAAUUUCUGAGUCAUAAACAAGGUAAACAGCUGCUUCGUUCCGAGAACAAAGACAAAGGGAACAAAGACAAAGGGGUGGCAGGUGGUAGUAGCCCGAAGCUCAACACGGAACUUCUCCAUCAUCUUGCAAUUGCUGCUACGCGAGUCGAGAAACUAAACACGGAACUUCUCCAUCAUCUUGCAAUUGCUGCUGCGCGAGUCGAGAAACACCGAAAGCGAUGGAAGCUAGUGAAACAAUCGGAAGAACUGGAUUUUUCUGAUUUGAAGGAAGGAGACGUAGAUCGCGAAGCAGACGACGCAGAGGGAGAAGAAGAAUCACAGGGCGUAGAGACUGCUCUAUCUUCAUCGUCUGUCCAUUUCCAUUCAACAUCACCAAAAAGUAGAAGUAGAACCAGUACGUUCCACGAGCAACGCUCGUUCGCACUAUGGUCCAACAACGAAGCUGAGACCUACUACGAAGGGAGAAAAAUCCCAAUGACUAUGUCCGCUUCGAGUUACACUGACGCGGACAAAAAAGCAGAGGAGGAUGAAAUCGCUCGUGCUCUUGAUAAGAUGAACAAAAUUGAUCCCGAGAAGAAGACGUCCAUGUUGUUCGUCGUAUGGAACGCGCCCACGACUAUGAACAGACUCGAGGUGAUGCUAUCUACGUGGUUGGGCAACGAUUUGAGUGAGGAACAAGUAGCUAUGGUCGUUACUGGGAAUCGCGACCACGAAACGAAAAUUGAACAGGCACUUUAUGAAGAACAUGUAAGUAGGUGAUUCACAAAGACGUGUGGAAGGAACAAUCCAUAUCAUUGCUUACAAUGUUGCUUUGAAAUUUUAGACUGGAUCAAGAACAGGGAAAAUUCAUUCUCCUGGUUGUUUCACUUCUAAUCCCUCUCCGAACUAAGAGCCAACCAAACCAAAGACGCCCAAGAAGAUAAUGCAGCUCCAGCACUACGUGUCUUUCCUCACGCGGCGACCCACUGCGAGGAGAAGAUGAGACGCAAACUCAACAUUCAGGAUGUGCGCACGGACCUCUUGUACUCCUUCGAGUCGCGCACUAUAAUGGGCGCGUGUCUACGAGUUUUCUCGAUGAAAUUUGCUGCGAAUCUGCCAAGCCUCAGAGUCCAUGGGUUUGUCAAUGAUGAUAUCUACGUCGUUCCUCAAGUGCUGCAGUUGCGAUUGGAGGCAGCGUUUGCAGACUCAAAGCCAGCAAAACAGCUCCCGAGUGAGGAGGAGAUUUAUGGCAUUUUUGAAUAUGAAAAAAUGUAUUAUACUAGAGGUCGUGUAGAUCGAUUGAUGUUGAUGUAGCUUGUGGCCGCGGUAACAUCACAAUACCAAGACCUCAUCGAGCAGAGAAGUAAAGUCCUCCCACCACCAGCAGCAGUUUUCAGCACGUACUAUCUCCGUAAACAACAUCUAAGAAUAGAAGAAAAUGCGAUCAAAAGGCAUUGAGCCUUAUCCAUACACGAGUGGCUGGCGUGGACAGCAUACCGUCAACUUACACCCUGAGACAUUCAAUACGGGAAGAAAGGCGAUUGCUUUUUGGUGUGGAAAUGGAGGAUUUUUUAUGGUUCUUCUAUCAUCUUUCGAAAUCAUGAUAAGUGAUCAGAACAACCGAAGGAAAGACUAUAGGUCCUUAUAACUAUAGUAGUUGUAUGAAAUAAUCAGUGCUACUGCUACAUGAACGAAGUUAUCUGGGAUGAACGAAGUUAUCUGAUUCUCUCCUUCUAACCCCAGUGGCGGUAUGGGUUCCUGGUUGAACAAGAAGGCUGUCGACUAUCUAGCACAAACCUGGAGUUGGGAAUCCAUUCUGGGAGAAGCUAGGGGAGCCAAGAUCUGGGGUUUUUCUGAGGAUACCUGCAUUGGAAUCUUAUACCGCCAGAUGGAGCGUCGAGGAGAGCUGCAUCUGAUUCAGGCACCUGAAAACUUUGGCGGAUUCACUCCUGGGGACGUGCCUUCGUGUCAGGCGAUACAUCCACCUGCAGUGCUGGUGCAUCAUGUGUCUAGUUAUGUUGAACAAAAGGCAACCAAUGAAGACGAGAGAAAAUAGCUGAUCAACAUGAUGAACAUUGUGUUCAUCAUUCAAAGAGUUGUAGCUCAUCUAAUCUGUUUCCGACGAAGCGAAAAAGUUUAGAACAGAGCGAUGCCCUCCAGUGCGGUGCAAAAAUGGCGAAUGCCUUUUGUGGCAUCACGAACAGAAAUGGUUGAAGGUUGCCGCGUAGGCAUGGUCGCGAUGUCCACAUUUCACUUUUGUAGGCUGUGGUAGUCAUUACAUCUAGGUCUAUCCUCAAUUGUUUCCCGCCACCUAUUUACUCAUUAUUAUAUAAGUUGACACCCACAACUAACCCAAAUACAACAGAGAGUAAUUACAGACAGCUAGUGACCAGUUCUUUUCUGGUUGGUCUUCUUCUCCUUUCCAAAAUACUCUUAGGGUGAGAGAAAAGAAAGGAAGUCUUGGACUUCAACUCAAGAAAUAAAUUAGUGACUAACUAAUGACAGCGCCUCCAAUCUAAACAAUUCAUCCCCCUUCUCAUUGCUUGCAUCUAGGUCUAUCUUCAAUUGUUUCCCGCCACUGACUCAACAUUUUUUACGGAAAGGAGACAGCACGACAGCAGUAUGAAUGUGCAGCUAAUUGUGGCAAGCCC